ACAUAGCUCGUCCUCAAACGCCGUCCAGUCCAUCUGCAAUGCGUUGGAAGUACCACACAUCCAGGUGCGAUGGAAACAUCACCCUAUGGACAACAGGGACACAUUUUACGCCAACCUGUACCCCGAUUACUCUUCUCUCAGUUACGGCAUCUUAGAUUUGGUGCAGUUCCUCAAGUGGAAAACAGCCACAGUCGUAUAUGAUGACAGUACAGGUCUUAUUAGACUACAGGAACUGAUAAUGGCCCCCUCCAGGUAUAACAUCAGGCUAAAGAUUCGCCAGCUCCCUCUUGACGGAGAGGACACCAGGCCUCUCCUCAAGGAGAUGAAGAGAGGACGGGAGUUUCGCAUUAUCUUCGACUGCAGCCACGAAAUGGCUGCACAGAUCCUUAAACAGGCCCAGACGAUGGGAAUGAUGACAGAGUACUACCACUACAUCUUCACCACUCUGGACCUCAUGGCUAUCGACCUGGAGCCCUACCGUUUCUGUGGCGUCAACAUGACCGGCUUCCGCAUCCUCAACGUGGACAACCCUCAGGUGGCGUCCAUCGUUGAGAAGUGGUCCCAAGAGAGGCAGAUACCUCCCAAGCCCGACUCGGGUCUCCUGGAGGGGAUCAUGACGACAGAUGCUGCUCUGACGUACGACGCGGUCCACAUCGUGUCCGUCUCCUACCAGCACGCACCACAGAUGACGGUCAACUCGCUGCAGUGCCACCGCCACAAGCCAUGGAGGUUCGGCGGGCGCUUCAUGAACUUCAUCAAAGAGUCUCACUGGGAAGGCCUGACGGGCAGGCUGUCGUUCAACAGGACCAGUGGCCUCCGCACAGACUUUGACCUGGACAUCAUCAGCCUGAAAGAGGAGGGCCUAGAGAAGGUGGGGAAGUGGAGUGCGUCCGGAGGUCUCAACAUCACCGAGGUGCCCAAGCGGAAAGGGAUGAACAUCACAGACUCGCUGGCCAACCGUUCCCUGGUCAUCACCACCAUCCUGGAGGAGCCAUAUGUCAUGCUUAAGAAGUCUGACAAGGCGCUGGUGGGCAACGACCGCUUCGAGGGAUUCUGUAUCGACCUGCUCAAGGAGCUGGCCAGCAUCCUGGGCUUCACCUACGAGAUCCGCCUGGUGCCUGAUGGGAAGUACGGAUCGCAGGACGACAAGGGCCAGUGGAACGGCAUGAUCAAGGAGCUGAUGGAACACAGAGCCGACUUGGCUGUGGCCCCUCUUACCAUUACCUACCUGCGUGAGAAGGUUGUAGACUUCUCCAAGCCCUUCAUGAGCAUGGGCAUCAGUAUCCUGUAUCGCAAGCCCAACACCACCAACAACGGCUUCUUCUCCUUCCUCAACCCCAUGACCCCUGACAUCUGGGUCUAUAUCCUGCUGGCCUAUCUAGGCGUCAGCUGUGUCCUCUUCGUCAUCGCUAGGUUCAGUCCAUACGAAUGGUAUGACGCCCAUCCCUGCAAUCCCGGAUCCGAUGUGGUAGAGAACAACUUCACCCUCCUUAACAGCUUCUGGUUCGGUGUGGGCUCCCUCAUGCAGCAAGGCUCUGAGCUGAUGCCCAAAGCCCUGUCCACCAGGAUCAUCGGAGGCAUCUGGUGGUUCUUCACCCUCAUCAUCAUCUCCUCCUACACGGCCAACCUGGCCGCCUUCCUCACCGUGGAGCGCAUGGAGUCGCCCGUGGACUCUGCCGACGACAUUGCCAAGCAGACCAAGAUUGAGUAUGGUGUGGUCAAAGACAGUGCCACCAUGUCUUUCUUCAAGAAAUCAAAGGUGUCUACUUUUGAGAAGAUGUGGGCUUUUAUGAGUAGUAAACAGAGUACGUCGCUGGUCAAGUCCAUUGAGGACGGCAUCCAGAGGGUUCUGAAGUCUGACUAUGCCUUGCUCAUGGAAUCCACCACAAUUGAUUACAUUACCCAGCGGAACUGCAACCUCACCCAGGUUGGAGGCGUCAUUGACAGCAAAGGCUAUGGAAUAGGCACUCCCAUGGGCUCUCCAUACCGGGACAAAGUGACCAUCGCCAUCCUGAGCAUUCUGGAGGAUGGCCGUCUGCACAUGCUCAAGGAGAAGUGGUGGAGCGGCAGCAGCUGUCUGGACGAAGAGCGCCGUGAGAAAGCCGGCCCCAUGGGCAUUCAGAAUUUGGGAGGGAUCUUUAUAGUGCUGGCAUCUGGCCUGGUUCUCUCCGUCUUUGUGGCUAUAGCCGAAUUCAUAUACAAGCUAAGGAAGACGGCGAAACGUGAGCAGAGGUCUUUCUGCAGUGCCAUGGUGGACGAGAUCAGACAGUCGUUCACCUGCGGGAGGCGUGUGAAACACAAACACCACCACCAGGUCCCGGUCAUGGUCAAGACGGAUGCAGUGAUCAACAUGCACACGUUCAACGACCGACGACUCCCGGGAAAGGACAACAUGAGCUGCAACACUGGGAUGACCCCCGUGUUCCCGUGACGGUUUGCGCCUCCCAGAGAAAGAGCCUCCUGGGCAAUGUGGAGGGCGUGAUUGGUCCCGAAACCUGGGACAAUGGAAUCGAGGGGAUU